UUUAAAAAGUAACCCUAUAUCUCCCAACCGCACAAACAAAACUUUUAGCUUCUCGGCAUCGACCAAAGAAAGAUCAAGUAUCAAGAAAAAUCCGUGCAAGCAUACAGUAUCGACCGAUCUGUUCAAAAAUGGAUAUGAUUCCACAACUGAUGGAAGGCUCUUCGGCUUACUUAGGUACCACAAACCUCAGCAUCAACGCAAACCUUUCGUCCUCCUCCAGAGCCACCGCACCACAGCCACCGUUUUCCUCCUCUCCAUCGGCGAACUCAAGCCGUUACGAGAACCAGAAGAGAAGAGACUGGAACACGUUCGGACAGUACUUAAGGAACCAUCGCCCACCGCUUUCGCUUUCCCGAUGCAGCGGAGCUCACGUGCUGGAGUUUCUCCGUUACUUGGACCAGUUCGGUAAGACAAAAGUCCACACGACCAUUUGUCACUUCUACGGCCAUCCUAAUCCUCCUGCACCGUGUCCUUGUCCUCUUCGUCAAGCUUGGGGAAGUCUUGACGCUCUCAUCGGUCGUCUUCGAGCUGCUUUUGAAGAGAACGGAGGCAAACCUGAGACUAAUCCAUUUGGAGCACGCGCCGUUAGACUUUACCUAAGGGAAGUUAGAGAUACGCAGAGCAAAGCUAGAGGUGUUAGCUACGAGAAGAAGAAGCGAAAGCGUCCUGUUCCUACGUUGUCGGCUUCUUCUUCCUCCGCCGUAGCUAGCCACCAGCAAUCUCAAAUGUUGCCGGGUACUAGUUGUACUACCCAAAUAUCAAAGCUUGAGAAGUGACUACAUCUGUUUUUUUUUUAAAUGAGUAUUUAUGUAAUAUGAAAUGUGAAUUGGUCUCUUUCUUAUGUGUAUGCUGGUUUUAGUUUAGGUUCAUGUGUUUAGUUUUAGCAUCUGGUCGAAGAAGAACUAAGAGUUCUUUUGUUACUAGUGUAUGUUGGAGGAUCAAGGAAGGUAGGGUUUUGGUUUUUUAAUUUAUUUCCUUAAAUAAAAUAAAUUUUACAAAAAUAUAUAGUCACAUAAAUGU